AUGCAAGAUAUUGUGAAUUCGUUCAAAUCGGCGGCACUUUCGAUCGGCGAAACAUUCACACCGGUGCUAAAAGAGUCGAAAUUUCGAGAAACCGGAGUUUUGACACCCGAGGAGUAUGUAGCCGCCGGCGAUCACCUCGUCCAUCAUUGUCCCACGUGGAAAUGGUCGACGGCAUCGGAUCCGUCGAAAAUUCGGCCAUUUUUGCCGGCUGAUAAGCAAUUCUUGAUCACCAAAAAUGUUCCGUGUCAUAAGCGAUGCAAACAAAUGGAAUACGAUGAGAAAUUGGAAAAGAUAAUCAACGACGACGAAGGAGAAUAUGCGACUGGCGAGGAAUCUGGAUGGGUGGAUACGCAUCAUUAUGAAAAGGAAAAGGAGACGACCGCUGUUGUUACGGAGACGUCUCCCGCCCCGGCUCCGCCCACUUCUCCAGAAUCCGAUGACGAUAGUGAUGGAGAAGCACUGGAUUUGGACGAUUUGAUUGAAUCGGGAGCGCUGGAUUCAGAUGAAAACGACGAUGAUCCAAAUCGAUUUGUGAAUGAAAAGGCGGCAAAAUUGAAUACGUCUUCUGGAGAUGCUGCUGGCGCGGAAGUGGAAAAAAUUCGAACCUAUGAUUUGCACAUUUGCUAUGAUAAGUAUUAUCAGGUCCCACGCCUCUUCCUGAUGGGAUACGAUGAGAAUCGCCGCCCACUGACCGUAGACCAAACGUACGAAGACUUCUCGGCGGAUCACUCGAACAAGACGAUUACUGUAGAGACGCACCCGUCGAUGGACCUCCAAAUGCCUACAGUACACCCGUGUAAACAUGCGGAAAUGAUGAAACGACUCAUCAAUCAAUACGCCGAGUCGGGAAAAGAGCUGGGAGUCCAUGAAUAUCUCUUUUUGUUCUUGAAAUUCGUUCAAGCCGUCAUUCCGACCAUUGAAUAUGAUUUUACCAGAGCUAUUAAGCUUUGA